AUGGCUUCCUCGGAGGCCCCCCACCCGGGUGUUGGGGGGCAGCCUCUACCUGCGAAGAUCCAGCAGUCCUUUUCGGACCUGUUCAUGAGUCCUACUGCGCCAGCCUUCUCGGUUCAAGCGACGGCCUCUACACACCGUGGAGAGCCUGCUUUGAUCUUUUCACAGGAGGUGAUACACAAGCUGUCCGACCCCUUUCGAUAUGCGCUGGUUGGGAAGUUUGCUCGGGGUCGACCUUCACUGGAGCUGGGGCAGCCAAUGAAGCUGUUCAAGUGGACGCGUUCAUUUCAUGUGGACCGGGAUCCGUCUGUGGUUCCGGUGAGGGUGUCUUUGCCCAAACUUCCCAUUCAUCUUUUCAAUCAAGAGUGCUUGUUUCAGAUUGUUGCUACGUUUGGCGUGCCGCUCUACGUUGAUGCUGCUACCGCAGCCUUGUCCCGUCCCAGCAUGGCUAGGGUUUGCGUAGAGGUUGAUCUCUUGAAGCCGUUAGUGUCCCGGGUUUGGAUUGGGAAUGGCGGACAGGAGGGGUUCUGGCAGAAUCUUGAUAUUGAGCAUCUACCGGCCUACUGUUCUGGGUGCUUUCGACAGGGGCAUAGCAAGGAUGACUGCGUGAUGCUUCAUCCGGAGUUGACGGCCCAGGCUCGGCCCACUGGGGAGGCGCAGCCUCAGGGACGACGCAAGGGAAGGCCGCCAGCUGCGGCUGUGGCGGGUGAGAAGGUAGCGGCGACGGGGGAAUUGGUUGCGCCUGCGCUUGUGGGCGAGAAGCACAGAGUGUCGGGGGUGGUUCUUGGGCCUGAUGCGGUGCCUGGGCUUGGGUCGAGUGCCCAGGCUGCUGAGCCAGUGGAGGCAGCAUCCCCGACUGCGGGGGAUGGGCGGGGAGUCUCGGCCCUUCUGGGGAUGCAGGAUGGGGUGGAGGAGGCAGCGGUCCCUUUGUCGCUGCUUCCUACCGCAGGGCAGCAGGAGCCUGGUGCAGUGGUGGAGCAGCUGGUGGAUGACGCUAUUGCCUCGGCUGCAGAGGCGAUCUUUGAUGACCUUGCCGACAAAGUGGCUGCGGAGGCGGUUGAUGACGAGACCGCUUCGUCGGUGCACAUGCAGCAGGAGCAGGUUGCAAUAUUAGAAUUGAAUCUUUCUCCACGCAAAGCUGCUCCUCCCUUGGCGGCCAUGGAGGCGCUUAAACGCCGGCGUGGCGACUUGAAACAGAGACAGCCUGGGGUGGUCGCUGCCCCGCCAGGGGUUUGUGAACCCAAAAUGGAUGCUUCUCGUUUUGAUUGGAUUCGCCAGAGGUUGGGCUUUGAUGGUUGUUGUCCUACCAAUGAUGGCCGCCUUGUUGUUUUUCACUCUAGUGAAUUUUCUUGCUCUAUUGUGGGUCAAUCUUCUCAGUAUUUGGCCCUCCGCGUGACGCACUCUCAGAUGAGUAUUGAGGUGGUUGGGGUCUUUGUGCAUGCGGCCUGCUCAGUCAGUGACCGCCGCGAGCUUUGGGCGGGCUUAUGUGCUUUGCAGGUGUUGGGUCUUCCUCUUCUCUUUCAUGGUGACUUUAAUGUAAUCUUGUAUGCGGAGGAGAAGAGAGGAGGUCGGCCUUUUCGCAGGGCUGAGUCGGAGGACUUCCAUGCUUUCAUUCAGGAUUUGGACUUAACAGAUGUGGGAUUCUCUGGGAACCUGUUUACGUGGUGUAAUAAUCGUCAGGGUAGGGCGCGGGUCUGGAAGCGGUUGGAUCGAGUCCUGGUUGAUUGCGGCUGGUUGGGUAGUGGUGUGGUGCCUUUGGUUCAUCACUUGGCGUGCACUGCUUCUGAUCAUUCUUCGUUGCUGGUUUCUUACUUGAUUUCAAGCUCGUCAUCUCCGAGGAGCUUCCGGUUCCAAGAUGUUUGGCUUCGGCAUGCUAGUUUUAAGGGCGUUGUUCAGGAGGCCUGGCUCUCUGGUAGCACUGGCCGACCGAUGCGACGCUUCUUGUAUAAGUUGAAGGCGGUUAAGGCGGCUUUGACUGUUUGGAACAAAAAUGUUUUCGGUAACGUGUUCGAUGCCUUAAAACAGGCCGAGGAGGAGGUUGCUCAGUUGGAGGCUGAGGCGGCGGCCCGACCAUCCCCGGAGGUGGACUUGCGGCUGGUGCAGGCUUCGUCAGUCUUGAAGGAAGCUUUGUUGCGUCAGGCCAUCUUCUGGCGGCAGAAAUCGAGGUUACGUUGGCUGAAGGAGGGAGAUGCCAAUUCUAAGUUUUUUCACUCUUAUGUACGUCAACGCAGGGUGAAGGUUCGUAUUCAUCGGCUUCAGACUUCCUCUGGUGCGUGGACUGAUGAUGUAGGUUCUAUUCAUGCGAUGGCGGAGACUUUCUUCUCUGACUUGUUUACCCAGGGGCCACUGGAUCAGGUGACGGGGGAUAAAUUGUCUCGAAUCCCGACAAUUUUGUCAGAGGAUGAUAAUCUGGAUUUGGAACGGCUUCCUACUGCUGAGGAGGUUCGAGGGGCGGUCUUCUCUUUGGAUAGGGACAGUUGCUCAGGCCCGGACGGGUUCCCAGGGUCCUUUUAUCAGGCUUGCUGGGAUAUUAUAGGAGGGGACCUCUCAGAUGCAGUCGCGGAUUUCUUUGUUGGUGCGGAUCUCCCGUGUGGAAUUUCGGCCACUUUGUUGGCCUUGAUUCCUAAACAGUCGGCCCCUAAGACCUUUGCUGAUUUUAGGCCGAUUAGUCUCUGGAAGGGCCAUUCUGAUAACAUUUUGCUUGCUCAGGAGAUGAUUUCUAGGAUUGGGAGAAAGGUCCGGGGUUCUAAUGUGGUUUUGAAACUGGACAUGGCCAAAGCCUAUGACAGGGUAUCGUGGAUGUUUCUGCUAUCUGUUAUGCGGAAAUUCGGGUUUGGUGAGGUUUGGUUGGACAUGGUUUGGCGUUUGGUUUCCUCCUGUCAUUUUUCAGUGUUGAUCAAUGGUGGUCCGGUCGGGUUUUUCAGGUCCACUAGGGGUUUGCGGCAGGGUGAUCCGCUGUCUCCAGCGCUUUUCAUCAUUAUGGCGGAGUUCCUGUCUCUUUCACUCUGUAGUGGUUUCAUCCCUUAUUCGGUUCCUUCAGGAGGGUCCCCCCCUGUGCAUCUGGGGUAUGCGGACGACGUUAUAGUCUUUUGCAAUGGGGGGUGGGUUUCGGUGCGGAAAGUCAUGGGUGUUUUAAUUGAUUAUCAGCGAGUGUCUGGUCAGCUGGUUAAUGUCUCGAAGAGUUGUUGUUUACUCUCUAAGAAGGUUUUUGGUCUUCGCAGUCGGAGGGUUGCGGAGGAAACGGGUUUUGCUCGUAAGUCUUUGCCAAUCACGUAUUUGGGGUGCCCCUUGUAUGAGGGUCGGCGAUCUAAGUCCUUGUUUGCUGGGAUCAUAUAUAAAGUUCAGGCUCGUUUGCUGUCCUGGCAGAAUCGGUGGCUUUCCAUGGGGCCGCGGCUAAUUCUUAUUCGGCAUGUGCUUACGUCCAUUCCAGUUCACUUGCUUGCAGUCUUGGAGCCCACUCGAGGGGCAAUUUGGGAGAUUGAGAGGAUGUUUGUGCUGUUUUUUUGGGGGGAUAACCAUUUUCACUGGUGUGGUUGGUCUAAGGACUCUCUGUGGGCGAGGUUUUUGUCUAGUUUGUACCUUCGGGGAGGUCAUCCUAAUCAAGUGGUGGUUGGUCCGUCGCGUUCGGCGAUCUGUCGGCGGUUGUUCCAAGUUUGUGAGCAGAUGGAAUUACAGAUCCGUUGGGACGUUUGUCUGGGAGAUUGUUAUUUCUGGUGGGAUAAUUGGAGCGGUUUGGGCCCCCUUGGCUGGCAGUUUCUAGACCUUUCUUCCGACCAGAAGGUUAGUGACUUUUGUGUUCAGGGGAGUUGGGAUUGGGUUCGUCUCUCGUCUUUCCUUCCUACAGAGAUUUUGGAGGUGAUGGGGGAGACUUUUAUGUGUUUUGGGGAUCUGCCAGAUCAGCCUUGUUGGCAGUUGGCAUCCUCGGGCUUUUUCUCCACGGCCUCGGCUUACCCGCUGGUCCGUCGGGCUGGAGUGAAGUCUCUGGUCUUUCGGUCGCUGUGGGAUUCCUCCAUUCCACUUAAGGUUUCUUGUUUUGCAUGGCGGUUGUUUUCCAGUAGGUUGCCUUUGGAUGAUGUGUUACGUACUCGGUGCCGGUUUGCGGGGCCCUCCCAGUGCCCGUUGUGCUUGGCUGCUCAAGAGACGGCUGAUCAUUUGUUUUCCUCCUGCCUGGUGGCCCAGGCUGUCUGGUCAUUUUUUGAGUGUCGGUUGGGGAUUCCGAUGGCUUAUUGCGGCUAUCGGACUAGAUGUAUGACCUGGUGGUCUCAACCUGUGAGUACGAUGUCGAUUCGGUGGUUGUACAGGAUUUUGUCAUUGAUCAUUCUUUGGUUUUUGUGGAAGGCUUCGAAUAAAUGGCGCUUCGAUGGCAUUAAGUGGUCUGUCCAAACCCUGUGUUACUCUAUAUCUCAUGAGCUUUGGCUUAUUUGUUCUGUCAAGUUUCCUGGGGGUUCACUUCCGCCUGAAUUUGGGGGACUUGUGUCCGUCAUCUGGGGGAUCCAGCGCCCCUUAAGUUCUACUUUGGUUAGUUGGGAAUUCCCGCAGAAUGGGUUUGUCAAGCUUAAUACUGACGGGUCUUCCUCAUCUACGGCCGGUGCUAGUGGUAUUGGUGGGAUUCUCUGA